UAUCUAAACAUUAUAAAAUGACCACUAUCUACCACAGACAGGCUAUGAUAAAUCCCUAUAGGGAUAUUAUGGUAAUGUGUAUUGAGGAGAAUAAUACCCAUUAUGUAACAGUGGCACAGGUGAAUUAGGAUUCCGGUAACCAUAGUGAGCCAUACGACACAGCGUCAAGGUAGCCAUAGUUGUGUAGAACGGGACCAGAAGUAAGACGACUCUUCUUUCAAAACAAAGUGCCAUUAUUACCCUUAGCCCGCCGCGUAACAGUUUCGCCACAAGGCGUUUUAUUCUGAAGUGUGAGAUCGGAAGUCUUAUUAAAACACAGGCUAGCUUGACCGCCGCUGCUCCAAACAAGCUUCUAAUGUUGAGUAAAUGUAGUUUAGAGACAUCUAGACAGCCCAAUAAGUUGUGUUUUACGUGCACUAGGCGAAAAACUACUCUAGGACGCGUCAUGGAAACUUUUAUCCGCCUCGACGAGGCCUGCUCUUACAGCUUAGUUGGCCUUAUCUAGUUUAACGUAGGAGCUAGUUGAGAAGUAAAGGCACUGUACAAUGCCUAUGCCAGCGUCAAACGGAUCCAUUAUGGACUUGGACUCGGAGUUGGUGAAAAUUAAAGCACACUACUGCGGGGACAUGUUGAUCACAGACCUUGCUGCCACAGUAACCUUUGUGGGGUUGUGUGAGGAGGUGAGGAAGAUGUGCAGUGUUGCUCCGCAGCAGCCAAUCACACUUAAGUGGAUCGAUGAUGAAGGAGAUCCAUGCACCAUUUCAUCUCAGAUGGAGCUGGAGGAGGCAUUUCGCAUUCAUAGUCGAACCAAGAGGUCUGGACUGCUGCUGCACGUCUUCCCUAGUAUCCCGGAGAGGCCUGGCAUGCCUUGCCCAGGAGAGGACAAGUCGAUCUAUCGCCGCGGGGCCAGAAGAUGGAGGAAACUGUACCGAGUCAACGGACACCUCUUCCAGGCCAAGCGCUUUAACAGGAAAGCCUACUGUGGCCACUGCAGUGAAAGGAUAUGGGGGCUGGGGAGGCAGGGCUACAAGUGUAUCAACUGCAAACUGCUGGUCCAUAAGCGCUGUCACAAACUCGUCCCUCAGACCUGCCAAAGGCCUAUGGAUCCAGUCAUGCCAUCACAAGAGCCCCCUUUAGAUGAGAAGAGCGAGGAGGUGGACCUUCCACCAGAAGAUACAGAGGACACAGAUGGGAUACCUUUUUUACCACACAAUCGCGCAGUGGAUAAAACAGAAGAUGCAGAUCCAGAGGACAUCAAAGCAGUUGUGGAUGGCAUUGAUGGCAUCAAGAUCUCCCAGGGCCUGGCGCUGGGCUUGGGUGACUUUGACCUGAUCCGGGUGAUUGGACGCGGCAGCUACGCCAAGGUGCUGCUGGUCCGGCUAAAGAAGAACGAGCAGGUUUAUGCCAUGAAGGUGGUGAAGAAGGAGUUAGUUCAUGACGAUGAGGAUAUUGACUGGGUGCAGACAGAGAAGCAUGUGUUUGAGCAGGCAUCCACCAAUCCAUUCUUAGUAGGCCUGCACUCCUGUUUCCAGACAGAAAGUCGGUUAUUUCUCGUGAUUGAGUAUGUGAAUGGCGGGGAUCUGAUGUUUCAUAUGCAACGACAACGGAAGCUCCCCGAAGAACACGCACGAUUUUAUGCUGCUGAAAUCUGCAUUGCUCUGAACUUCCUUCAUGAAAAGGGCAUCAUCUACCGUGACCUGAAGCUGGACAACGUUCUCUUGGACCACGAGGGACACAUAAAGCUCACAGACUAUGGCAUGUGCAAGGAGGGGAUCAGACCAGGUGAUACCACCAGUACUUUCUGUGGAACGCCAAAUUACAUCGCACCAGAGAUCCUCCGAGGAGAGGACUACGGCUUCAGUGUCGAUUGGUGGGCUUUGGGUGUGCUGAUGUUUGAGAUGAUGGCUGGGAGGUCCCCAUUCGACAUUAUCACAGACAAUCCUGACAUGAACACAGAGGAGUACCUCUUCCAAGUUAUUCUUGAGAAGCCCAUUCGCAUCCCAAGGUCUCUGUCGGUGAAAGCUGCCAGCGUGCUCAAGGGCUUUCUAAACAAGGAUCCUAAAGAGCGGCUUGGUUGCCAGGUCCAGACGGGCUUUACAGACAUCAAAUCACACACAUUUUUCCGCAGUAUAGACUGGGACCAGCUGGAAAAAAAACUGGUGACACCGCCUUUCAAACCUCAAAUCACAGAUGACUACGGCCUCGAAAACUUUGACACCCAGUUUACCAAUGAACCAGUGCAGCUAACACCAGAUGAUGAGGAUGUCAUCAAGAGAAUAGACCAGUCGGAGUUUGAGGGAUUUGAAUACAUCAACCCCCUGCUGCUAUCCACAGAAGAGUCUGUAUGAAGGAGACCAGCUUCCUCCUUCGCCCACCUACUGUCUGUCCAAGCUGCCGUCUCAGCCAAAACCGACUAGCUAGCCAACUCUGGAAGGCGAGGAAGAGGAGUAAAGGACAACAGGGAGGAUGGACUCCCUCCUUUUGACAUGUCAACAAGACUUGAGGGCAAAGACGAGUGCGAAAGGUUCUUUCAUGGCGGAUCCACGCUGUUUCGUUGGGUACCAAACUCUCUUUUGGUGGUAUCCACAGGAAAAACAAACACACUGGAGUACAAGAACAUUCCCCAAACUCAGUUGUUACGUUGUCUUCCCUUUUUCUUUUUUUUCCUUUGGCUUCAUUCCUCUCUCUCCCUCUCUCUCCUCCGAAUGUCCAUGUGUGCAUCAAAGCACGAUUGGCUUUGUAAUUUGAACAGAAAGCUACUUCAUUCUGUGCCUGCCAUCAUGAACACAUUUCAACCCGUCUUGCAUCCCUGGAUGAAUAUGACAGUUCUACGUCAGAACUUGAAAUUUAUGUGCACUUUUUUUUGUUAAUUCUUUUUUAUCUUGUAGGGGGCAAUGCCUCAAAUCGAAACAAGAAUGUACAAUGACAAAGGAAAAAAUAAGUUAUUGUGUAUUAUAAUGUAGGUAGUGAAGCCAAAAUUGAUGAUGCCUUUUUAUUGAUGCAAGUGGCACAUUUUCAUCCAUAACCACAAACUUCUUUUUGUUAUAUUGAUUUAUUUACAUGGGGAAAAACACAAAGUGGGAGACAACUUUUUUUUUUUUUAUUUAAGUGCCUCAAAGAUCCAAAUAAUUAUCAUGUCUCUGAUUGCACUUAUCUCUUGUUGAAAAUAUCUUUACCCGUCAUGGGAUCAGUUGGCAAAGAACAACUGAAAUAACGUGUAGACUCUGCCAUAGUUUGUCUAAACUGUAAAAUCUCGGAACGGAAUUCAUGUUUUCCUGAGCACAGUAGCCUGCCACAAAUAAGACUGAUUCUCAGUUUUUAAUGAAAUCAAUUACAGAAGAGUGUAAAAGAGCAUAAGAUUAUGUAAUGGGUCUGACUGGUCUUUUAAUGCACAGGAGUAGCCUGCACUAACCCUCAAUAAGACAUGGAAAGAACUCGGGGCAUAUAUGAAAAAGGCCAACAAAGAACACUUUGGAUAAUGCUCGACAUGUAGAGGUCGAACAGGUAAACAUUGUGUACCGCUCAGCAAAUGGCUUCCUGAAUCCCAACAUUUUCAGCCCAUACUCUACAACACACAUCACAGACUGGGUGUUUUUAAUCUUCUGCAGCAGACAAAAAUGUUUGGAAAGUGUUAAGGCCACGGUAUACUUGCUGCAGAGUCAAAUUUUGACAGGUUCAUACGGACAAAAGUGGCGUGUUUGCCGGAAAAAACAAAGCUCCACAAUGGCUUCCGCCUCUACUGUGCGCUCAGGCUUUCUGGCUGAACUACAUGAAUCCUUCCACACCAGCUGCCAGGGCAUGACGGUUUACGAUUGGUCGAAAAUACUGGAUGUGUCGCCUUGUGGAGAAGCAUCUCAUUUCCUUUUCCGGUUCACUGCCUUUUUCUCCCCACGUCUACACGCCAACUUCUUGUGGUCAAAACGAAUCGUGCGAAGGCUCGGCUUGCUGAGCGUCGCCAAAAAGGAUUUGUGCCCCUUUAUGACCAAUCAAAGGGUUUCUAAAUCUGCGUAUUCCUCCAGCCGCCUUAUUCGCGCUUUCACCGCAGACACUGGUGUGGGGUGUAGAUAAACAAACAAUAUGAAACCACAGUCGGUGGCUGGCCAUGUAUUACACCACGUUUCUAUUUCAGGAAAAUUCGACUUUGUUACAAGUAUACUGCUGCCUUUAUACACAGCAAACAUCGUAUUCGAAUCCAAUUUGCAGACCCUGGAUUGUUGAAAGGAGGCAGAUAUGAUGAAACACAUGCACAACACAUCUGUGAAUAUAUUAUUCAAUGAAGUGCGCAGAUAAAUCUCUUUCCCUGUUAACAGAAAUAAUGAUUUGCCAAGGCAAAUCAUCUGUGCACUUCCUAGGAAAAGAACAGCCCUCUUUUGGAUGGGAAUUAUUUGAUGAAAUCUGACCCGUGCUAAUUUGAUAACAGCAUAAUAGGAUUAAUUAGCUGGUCCCAAGUCAAAGGGUCUCAAUUAGCUGGAGGGCCAACAUGGGUGAGGAAGAAAUGAGGAUGGAUGAGGAAGAUAGAGGAGAGAUAAUAAAGCAGUUGUGCAGUCACUGAUUAGAAUGAACACACAAGAGCGUGCACACACACACACACACACACAUUUCAGCUGGAAAUCACUUUCAGCAUUACGGGGAAGUUUGUUCUGGUUCCCAACACCACCUUAUUUACUGCAUUUCAUUUAUGUCUCAUCUUUUUGUUCGAUCUUUUUGUUUGCACACCAGGUAACACGUUUGUGACAUUUGUUUUCUUGAGGGACCAAUGGAUGAACUGGGAGUCCUUGAAGUCACACUCCACUACAGUAAAGGCCAUUAAAAAACCUUGAAAGACAGAGAAUCUUUAUUUAAAAUGAAUCAACUUAGUCCAUGAUUUUGUUCUAACAUAUGCUGGUUGGAUGUGCUUAAUUCUGCUUUAACGCAUCUUUGUAAAUAUCUGUAAUUAUUAAAAAUGAUACUGGUUUUCCGUGAA